GAUGCGUCUAGCAAUUUCUGGGCUUCUCCCCCGCUGCGGCACCCCUGCGCGCUGCCUCCUGGGACGCCUGCCAGCAUUCACCCGCCCCUGAACGCGGCGUCUGGGCACCGGCGUGGGGAGGGUCUCAGGGCUUCCCCCGCGUCUGACCCUGGGGUCCCCAGCCCAGCCGGAGGCAGAGGAGGGGGAAUCGGGCACAGGGAGAAGGGAAGGUGCAAGGCUGAGACGGGAAGAGCCCAGCCCCGCGCUCUGCCUGGGAAAGGACGCAGAUUUUUGUCAAGGGUGGCUCAGGCGUCCCGUUUGGAGGCUGAGGUGAUGCUGCUAAUUAUAAGCCAGGAGAGCAGAGCUGCAAGACUAAGGGUGAAGGUAUGUUGGCCACGACGUAAGAGGUGCCUCUUCCAGAAGAUGAGUAACAAGAAUGAGCUGGAAGAAGCUGGAGUGAGCUCUUCCCUUCUCUCCGGGAUGACGUAGGUGUGCAGGACGAGGCCACACCUCCGCAGGAAAGGGUAUAAAAGCCGCAGGCUCUCGGUGCUGAGGCAGAAAGCUCCCAGCUCCCUGGAGAGGACACAGCCUCAGAGCGAGCAGCAGAUACCGAAGAAGCAGAGAUGCUUUGCCGCAUGCAUCUUAUGCCAUUCGUCUCCAGCUCCCUGGCCACCCGCCUGGGCACAGCGAGGACCCUCUGGCCAAGCGCAGAAGCAAUCUUCACCGAACUGCAGCAGGAGAUGGAGAAGGCUCGGGAAUUCAUGAGUGGCUUCGAGCAGCUCCUGAGCAGCCAAGGAAGCUCUGCUGGGGACCGUGCCCAGAGCUCCAGCACAGCCAUGACCCCAGCCUCCGGUGACGGCUUCUCCGUGUGCCAGGACGUCAAGGACUUUGCCCCCGAGCAGCUGUCGGUGAAAGUGGUGGGCAGGAAGGUGAUGCUGGUGGGGCAGAAGGAGACGCAGAGCACGGACGAGAAGGGCUCCUUCUCCUACAAGUACGAGGUGCUGAAGCGGGAGUGGGACGUGCCCAAGGAUGUGGACGCCGAGGCGCUGACCUGCUCCCUGUCUGCCGAGGGGCAGCUCCGCAUCGAGGCCCCCAAACGGGCGCUGCCGGCCGCCCCGGAGAGGAACGUGCCCAUCGAGGUCAGCCCUGCCGCCCCGCAGCCCGGACCAGCCGCGGAGGACGGAGCCACCGGAGGAGCCAAGGCGUGACGGGAGGGGAACCGAUGCCCCACGCCAGGACCAGGAGAGAUGGCAGCAAGUCUCGGGUUUUAGCCCAGGCGAGCACCGUCAGCACUGCCUUUGUUUUAUCACUAUACUGGAAUGUGCUUGUUUUUGUAUCCAAUAAAAAUGCUUUUGAAUAGAA